AAGAGCACCGUAGUUGUAAUAUUUUCGGUCGCAAAAGCACUACUUUCGCUAUGGCUUUCCAUAUCUUUGGGUUAUCUGUGGUUUCUCUUCUAGUUUUCGUCACCUGUGCCAAAGCUCAAGACAGAAACCUGUAUAGAACCAAUGACGUCAAAGUUCUAGUCCCUACAUCUCGACAGGCUCCUGCCACCCCCUUGCCAACAUAUCAGCUGAACGGACAAGCUAUCAACAAGUACAUCAAUUCUGAAAACGAUGUUGAAAGCAUCAAACCAUACGAAUUCGGUUAUCAAUUGAAUGACGGUAAUGGAACCACCCAACAUCGUCAAGAAGUUCGUCUUGAAAAUGGUGACAUCAGAGGAAGUUAUGGUUACUUGGAUCCUUUUGGUAUGUACAGAGAAGUGGAAUACUACACUGACUCAACUGGUUACCAUGCUAAAGUAAAAUCAAACGAACCAGGACUUUUCAACAAAAAUAGCGCUAACACAGUUUUUGUUGUUGAAAAUCCACCCAAGAUGGCACUUAUUCCUCAACAACAACGUCCUCUGCUUUUAGUACCCAAAGCUGUUGUUUAAAACACCAGUUGUAACACCUUCUUCUUGUUACUAGA